AUGAGAUUCCGUGAGUGUUUCGGCUUCCCAGCUUCUUUCCUCGCGCAGAGCAAGGAGUUAGCCAUGUCGGACGAGGUUGUAGCUCUUGUGGUUGACAAUGGCAGCGGCAUGUGCAAGGCAGGGUUCUCUGGCGACGACGCUCCCCGAACAGUCUUUCCUUCCAUCAUCGGGCGCCCGAAGAUGCCGGGCAUCAUGGUCGGGAUGGACUCGAAAGACCACUUCGUUGGAGACGAAGCGCAAGCUAAGCGUGGUAUCCUGGCCCUCAAAUACCCUAUCGAGCACGGCAUCGUGACGAAUUGGGACGACAUGGAGCGAAUAUGGCACCACACUUUCUACAACGAGCUGCGUGCAUCGCCUGAAGAACAUCCGGUUCUGCUGACAGAGGCGCCGCUGAACCCAAAGGCCAAUCGUGAGCGCAUGACGCAGAUCAUGUUUGAGACGUUCGGAGUGCCGGCGAUGUAUGUCGCCAUCCAGGCAGUGCUCUCGCUGUAUUCCUCCGGCAGAACCACGGGCAUUGUCAUGGAUUCGGGAGACGGCGUCUCUCACACCGUGCCUAUCUACGAGGGAUAUGCGCUUCCACAUGCAAUCGCACGCCUGGACCUAGCUGGCCGCGACCUUACCGAAUACUUGAUGAAGAUCAUGAUGGAGAGUGGCUACUCCUUUGGCAGCAGUGCCGAGCGAGAGAUUGUGCGCGACAUCAAAGAGAAGCUUUGCUACAUCGCCCUGGACUUUGACAGCGAGAUGAAGUCUGCAGCGGAGAGUAGCGACAAGGCGAAGACGUAUGAGUUGCCAGAUGGCAACAUCGUCUCCUUGCAAAGCGAGCGGUUCCGCUGCCCGGAGGUGCUGUUCCAACCCAGCUUGGUGGGCAAGGAG